ACCUGCUAUAGACCAUGAAGGCAUACUACCGCUAGUCACUCCUUUAUCUGCCGUUCAAAGUAAAGCCUACUAUUGCCCCUCCGGUCUAUAAUAUUGGGAGCUGGCUCUCUUCUUACCAAGACGCGCCAGCGUACGUGUACCUGACCCAACUCACCUAACAGGCUGUCGUUCCUUCAAGCAACUUAACACGCUCUUUACCGACGGGAAUGUUCCUGACCCCGAGUCCCUACUAGCAUUGUUCAAUCAAAUCGACUUAUUCGCUCCCUUCAGCUCUCACGUCGCGAGACACGUUUCCCGCCAUAUUUCCAUAUACACACCCAAGUCACGUUCAUCCUAAUCAUACACACUUUCACAACCGCCCCGGAAAUUAAUGAUUGCUUAACCGCCCAUACUACGAGCUACUAUACUAUUGACCGCUCUGUAAUAUACCCUCAUUCGCUUCAUUGCUUAAUACAUUAAGCCAUGGACUCGAAUGAUUCCAACAUGCAACAACAAUUACAAGCGUCUGCGCUUGUCUUCAACCUCGACGACAAAGCGAGGGUAGACGGACGACCUCCAAGCUCAAAUCCUAUGGUCACUAUGGCUGGGAUGGAGACUCCCAAAACAGAGCUGUCGGCAGCGCCUGCUGAUGUAUGGACAACUCCGACAUCUCAAGGGCCCCGGCCUAGACCAGCUACUAUUUACGAAGGUUUUACGUUCUGCGCUGGCGAUGAAUUCGGCUCAAUGCCAUCAUGGGAGACUUCAUCAGGUCUGACCAUGCAUACCCCAAGUGACACAAUGUCACGCCCCGUCUCGAUGCAUCAGAACUUCUACCCGGGACUGGGAAUGGAGCAAAAUGCUUGGGGCAAGCCGUGUGACGAUAACCUAGACGUACAUUUCGAUAGUGAUGCGGCUAUUGGCCAGGCAUUCACUACAGAUGAAGCGAUUCCCAUUCUAGAUUUGCGAUACUCGAAUUCACAAGUCGAUAGUGAGACGCUCAACUUUGAGUCCGCUUUGAAACCACGUCGCAUGUCAGGUUCUUCUUUUACCAUGUCGACUACUGGCCUCUCUGAUAUGCCUUCAUACGAUGAUUUCUCUGCUGCGUUGUCAGAAGCACCAUCUUUCUCAUCAGACUAUCCGCCCCCCUCCAACCGAAACUCACUUAUGUCCUCGACGCAGCUAUCUCCCGUUGCAUCUCCUCGUAUGACACCACAAAGCCGUUCGGAGCUUGUUCGCGCGCAAAGUCGUGGUCGCGGUGCGUCUCCUUCGCCACGUCCGGUAAUGAGAUCUGCGCCAUACAAUGUCGAUAAUAGCUCGCGCAACAAGAGGUGGUCUACUGGGUCUUAUGGAACGACUCCUAACCGAAGACCGUCGCCUUUCGUCUAUCACCACACCCAUGACGCUUUUGGAGCACGGAUGCCUUCACGCCACUCGUCACCUACGAUCUCUAACAGUCCAAUGCCAUUAAACUUCGGAAAUCUACAAGCUGUACAGCAGUAUCCCUUCCUCGUAUCGCACCCGCCAGCCUUCCGGAACGGCAUGAUUCUGCCGAGUCAAUUACCGCCGCAUUUGCCGUCAAAUGGAUUCCAUCCGGAUCCACACCACUUCGAGAACCCUCCUCCACUGAUGUCGCACGGGCUUUUCAGGAUGCUGCAAAGCAACGCAGAUCCACAUUCGCUGCAUGGCCACUAUACUGACCUUUCUGACCCACCGGAUUUGUAUUCUGCGUUGCAAGAAGAACAAAUUCCACCACCACCUGAGGACAUGAAUCCUUCAGAUCCUGAGUUAGUGCCUCAUGAACAGGAAUUACGGUUUGAAGGAGAUUUAUACACCCCGAGAUGGGUUCGUGGCCAUGGUAAUAAGCGAGAGGGGUGGUGUGGCAUCUGCAAACCUGGUCGAUGGCUUGUGUUGAAAAAUUCUGCUUUUUGGUACGACAAGAGCUUCACGCACGGCAUUAGUGCGGCGACAGGAAACCCAUUCCAAGAGCCGCAGGAAACACGUCGAAUGGACGGUAGUCCGGAUGUCUGGGAAGGGCUAUGUGGAAGUUGUAAUGACUGGAUUGCCUUGGUCAGCAGCAAGAAGAAGGGUACAACAUGGUUCCGACACGCUUAUAAGUGCCACACACACCCAAAGAUCAAGGAUGCUCCUAAAAGGCGCCGCGAAAGUAGUCACUCUAGAGCACUAGUUGCUUCACAGGUCGCGAAGCCUAGGAUAGAGCAACAACGCCCGGUAACGCCUCAGAAUACGUCAGGUUCUAUGUCCAUGGCUACUACUCCCACGCCAGCAUCGAUGCUUUCUAUUGUUCAGCACUCAACUCCUAGGCAGGAGGAUAAAGUAUCAGCCCAUCGAACGCUUUUAGUUCCGGAUGCCAACAACAUGAUCUAGGGUGCCAGUACCUAGCCUCUGCUUGAACGCUAAGUUUGCAAAUUCAGGCAAUCCUUUCUUGCUCAAAUCUCAACAGAAAAGAAAUUUACACGUGUUACGAAACGCAUGGCUUGAUAUCCGGACGAAACCGAAAUGAUAUAGACUGGAACAGGGACUGGUUAUGAUUUUCUUAAUGGCGACAGCAAUCCGAUUCAUGUUCUACUUCGAGCGCCACU